UUGAGGCGGAGACGGAGACAACGGCGACGAAGAGGAGAAUCGCGAACUGAUUUGGGGGUAAGCCAAGCGGGCGGGGAGGUUGGAUUAGCUAGAGUUCUGGGAGGGAGUGGGUUCGCCGCAGAGGGCGGCAGAUGGCGGCCGUGGAGAGGCAGCUGGUGGUUGCCGUCGAGGGGACGGCGGCGAUGGGGCCCUAUUGGUCCACCAUUGUGGCGGACUACGUCGAGAAGAUCGUGCGGAACUUCUGUGCAAGUGAACUGCCAGGGCAGAAGCUUGCAGGAGCACCACCUGAGCUUGCCUUAGUUGUUUUUCAUACCCAUGGACCUUACAGUGCUUUUGGUGUGCAGCGCAGUGGAUGGACGAAAGAUACCGAUGCUUUCCUAUCAUGGUUGUCGGGAAUAUCAUUCAGUGGUGGAGGAUUUAGCGAAGCUUCUACUUGUGAAGGUCUCGCUGAAGCACUGACGAUACUUCAAGGCAGUCCUAAUACAACAACCCAAAGUCAUCAAAACCAUGAAGCACAAAAGCAUUGCAUACUUGUCACGGCAAGUAAUCCAUAUCCUUUGCCUACACCUGUCUAUCGUCUUCCUACUCAAAGCACUGAUCACAAAGAGAACAUUGAGUCAUCAAAAGAACCUUCUAUUGCUGAUGCUGAGACUGUUGCGAAAUCAUUUGCUCAGUGCUCUGUCUCAUUGUCAGUGAUAUCUCCAAAACAGGUUCCGACAUUAAAGGCUAUAUAUAAUGCGGGCAAGCGAAAUCCUCGAGCUGCUGAUCCAUCAGUCGAUCAUGCAAAAAACCCACACUUCCUUGUUCUUCUAUCUGAGAAUUUCAUGGAGGCGCGGACUGCUCUAAGUCGUCCUUUACAUGGGAACAUGGCCCCAAAUCAAACCAUAACGAAGAUGGACACUGCACCUGCAGUUACAAUGUCAGGACCAACUUCAAAUGCCAAUUCCUCAGUGAAUGGACCAAUGAUUGGCCGUCAAUCAGUUGGAGUUGGAGGCAUUUCUACUGCAACUAUUAAAGUGGAACCAGCAACCGUACCGCCGAUGGUUUCUGCACCUACUUUCUCACACAUAACACCUAUUUCAAAUGUGGCUUCGCAAGGAAUAUCAGCAUUGCAAACCUCAUCACCAUCUCAUAUUUCACAAGAAGCAGAUGUUGCAAAUGAUAGUGUGCAAGAGCACAAACCUAUAAUAAACCCUGUUCAACAGCCGGUUCGGCCUGGUGGUCAUGGCAGCCUCCUCAACAAUCUGUCACAGGUUCGGCUGAUGAACUCAACUUCUCUAACAAGAGGAGCUACCUCGAUGGGACUGCCUAACAUAGGGACAACACCAAUACAAGUCCACAUAUCGAACAUGAUAUCAAGUGGCAUGACAUCGACACCCUCUGUCAUCUCCUCUAUGUCUGGACCUGGACAACCUAUUGCUGCUCAACAGAUGGUACAGAGCACGGGUCUUGGUUCAUUUGGCUCAAACACUUCUACUGUAUCAGGCAAUUCAAACGUAGCCGUAUCAUCCUCUCUGCCUAACAUCCAAAGCAGCAUGGGCAUGGGUCAAUCAGUGCAACCUGUGGCACAAGGAGGCUUGAUGGCUGGAUCACAAUUAGGACAAGGUGGAAUUGGUGCAAACCAAAAUGUGAUGGGUGGCCAAGGUGGAAUUGGUGCAAACCAAAAUGUGAUGGGUGGCCUUGGGUCUACUGCUAUCUCUUCAGCACCUGCAAUGAUGCCGACACCGGGGAUGGCCCAGCAGACUGGAGUCAAUUCCCUAGGUGUGACUAACAAUUCAGCCAUGAAUAUGCCUAUUGGGCAGCAUCCCAAUGGCCAACAGGCACCACCAAAGUAUGUCAAAAUCUGGGAGGGGACCUUAUCUGGACAGAGGCAAGGACAGCCUGUAUUUAUUUGUAAACUUGAAGGUUAUAGGAGCGGAAUAGCGUCCGAAACACUUCUAGCAGACUGGCCAGAAACUAUGCAGAUUGUUCGCCUCAUAGUACAAGAGCAUAUGAACAACAAACAAUAUGUUGGCAAGGCAGACUUUCUAGUAUUCCGGACUUUAAAUCAGCAUGGGUUUCUUGGACAACUACAAGAAAAGAAGCUGUGUGCUGUGAUACAGUUAACAUCGCAAACUCUGCUGCUAUCAAUGUCUGACAAAGCAGGACAUGGUGGUGUUCAAACCUCAGGUAUCAACUCAGCAACCACCAAUGCAGCAGCAACAGCUACAGCAACAACAACAACAGUUACAGCAGCAGCUGCUGCAACAGCAACACAUGCAUAUGCAGCAGCAAGGCCUUCCACUUCAGCAGCAGCAGUUGCCACUCUAGCAACAGCAGCAGCAGCAGAUGCAGCCGAUGCAACAACAGCAGUCGCAAAUGCAGCAGAUUCAACAACAGUAGUCGCAGAUGCAGCCAAUGCAACAACAGCAGACACAGAUGCAGCAGCAGCAGCCGCAGAUGCAACCGAUGCAACAUCACCAGCAGCAGCCUCAGCAGAUGCAACCAAUGCAACACCAGCAGCCGCAGCAGAUGCAACCGAUGCAACACCAGCAGCAGCAGAUGCCACUCCAGCAACAUAUGCAGCAAAUGCAGCAUCAGCAGUAACAGAUGCAGCCCCAGCAGCAGCCCCAGAUGGUGGGCACAGGAAUGGGGCAGCAGUUCAUGCAGGGCCACAAUCAGGCAGUGCAGAUGAUGCAAGGGAAGAUUGCGCCGCAGGGGCCAGGCAGCAUGCCUGGGGGAGGCUUCCUAUCUUGAAACAUCUCUUGUCAGCAGGGCAUCAGAUGACUAAAGGGUUUACACUGGCCCUGAUGGUUGAGAUGUUUCCUGGUGUCACCUUUAACUGACAAUUUUAGAAAGUAGUCACUUGUGUAGUGGCACGUGAUGGAUAAGAGUUUAUGCGGCAACACUAUGUCAAGUAGUCAAUACUACUAUUGUACUGUAGCUAACCAUGAGUACCUGACUGUAAGUGUAGUUUAUACAUGCACUUUUCAUGACAUGUUAACACUGAGUUGAUGACAAACUGACGCAUAAUCUUGUGUGCAAACUCAAGAUAUAUAUCAGUAAAAACUAGUCUUUGCAAGACGAUCAUUUCAUUGCAAA